CGCCGUGGGGCGCGUCGGGGCUGCGCGUGGCGCUGCGGGGCGGGACCAGCGCCCGCGGGGGCCUCUCGCGCGCCGCCUGGGGCCACGUGCAGCAGCCCGACACGGUGCAGCGCGCCGUCAGUUGGACCGACCUCGACCUGCCCUCGCUCGUCCAGCACCCCGACGCCCUGCCCAAGCACUUGGUCGUGCGCUUCGCCGCGGGCGACCGCAACUACACCGCCGACGUGUACCCGAUGCUGCACAAAGCGGCGGAGCGACGUUCAGAAGGCGUCCGCGUGUUCACGGUUCCCUUCGACAGCUACAUCAACACCACGCAGGCUACGGGUGUCAUUGAGUUUUGGUUCAGGUAAG